ACUUCCUUCCCCCUCUAGAUCUACUGCUGCGCUCACCAAACUCGCUCAACUCUCUCUCUCUCUCUCUCUGGCCAUUUCCUAGUUCAGAUUCAAAUAUGGGUAGCAUCACUGGAUUAGUGCUUGUUUUAGCCUUGUUCUUAUUGCAAAUCUCCUCCUCCUCCGCGGAAACACCUGAACAGUCACCGUCUCCAUCUCCGUCUACCGAAGAAUCCGCCGCCCCCGCCAAUUCACCAUUUCUAUCUCCUCCUCUUCCAUCUCCUUCACCAGAAAUUGGAUCUCCGUCAGAUUCGCCAUUGGCAUCCCCACCAGCACCACCGCCUUCAGAUCUGGUUCCGUCCGUUGUUCCAGGCUCAGCACCUGCAUCAGCGCCGGCGGAAGGGAGCGAGAUCAAUCACAGCAACAAUGUGGAAGCAGGAAGUGGGGGUGAAGGCAGUGAGGGUGAAGGAGAAUCGAAGGGAAUGAGCGGAGGGAAGAAGGCGGGGAUAGUAGUGGGAGUGAUAGUGGCGGCGUGUAUGGUUGGAUUUGGAGGAUUGGUUUAUAAGAAGAGACAAGAUAACAUUCGAAGGUCUGAUUAUGGUUAUGCUGCUAGAAGAGAGAUUCUCUGAAUCUGAAUUAUUAUUUCUAUAUUCUUAAAUUUAAUUCUUUUUGCUCAUUAUGAUUAUGAUUUCUGUAUAUUGAGGAGGUUACGAUUCUAUUUUUUUCAUCCUUUCUUUUUAGCCAUGAAUAUUAAUGUUCUAUUAUUUUUAUGAUUUUUAUUACUUUCAUGAUUUACACA